CCGAAGCAACCUUGAUCAGACCCCAGCUUGACCCGACCAAGGCUCGAUCAAUCUCGGCUCGGUUGUUUCAACUCUUUUUUUCUCCUACAGCAGAAAUUCUUCUCGCCUCCCUCUUCGCCUCCAAGAAACUCCCUUUCUCUGUCGUUCUCUCUUCUCGCUAGUCCGAUUCGUCCGUCCUCCAAGACUUCGCCAAUCCUUCGCACGGCCUCGAGCAGAUCGAUGGCAAGAGCUGCGGCAGAUUCACCACCAAAAGGUGGAUUCAGCUUCGAUUUAUGCCGCAGAAAUGAUAUGCUGUUGAAGAAAGGGGUCCAGCCGCCGUCUUUCAGGAAGACUGGAACCACCAUUGUUGGCUUGGUCUUUCAGGAUGGUGUUAUUCUAGGUGCAGAUACUAGGGCAACUGAAGGACCUAUAGUAGCUGACAAGAAUUGUGAAAAGAUUCAUUACAUGGCACCAAACAUUUACUGCUGUGGAGCAGGAACUGCUGCUGAUACAGAGGCCGUUACUGAUAUGGUCAGCUCUCAGCUGCAGCUGCACCGUUAUGCAACUGGACGAGAAUCAAGGGUUAUUACUGCCCUUACUCUUUUGAAGUCGCACCUUUUCAGUUAUCAAGGUUAUGUUAGUGCUGCUUUGGUCCUUGGUGGGGUUGAUGUUACAGGACCUCAUUUGCACACAGUCUACCCUCAUGGUUCAACUGAUACCCUUCCUUUUGCUACAAUGGGUUCUGGAUCUCUUGCUGCUAUGGCUAUAUUUGAAUCAAAAUACCGAGAGGGACUAACUAGAGAUGAGGGAAUAAAAAUUGUAUCUGAGGCAAUAUGCUCUGGCAUCUUCAAUGACUUGGGUAGUGGGAGCAAUGUUGAUGUUUGUGUGAUAACAAAGGGCCGUGCAGAGUACUUGAGAAACCAUCUGUUGCCAAAUCCAAGGACCUACGUCAGUUCUAAAGGCUAUUCCUUUGUCAAAGGGCAUACAGAGGUCUUGUCUACCAAAAUCACUCCAUUGAAGGAAAAGGUGGAAGUAGUUGAGGGUGAUGCCAUGGAAGAGUGACUGAUAAGCUGAACUUGUCAUCUGGAUUUCAUUCUUGAAACUUCGAUUGCAAGUCGAACUCGGUUCCUUCAUACAUUCAAUGCUCAAGCUAUUAGAUUGUUUUAAACUGCAAAGGUUCCUUUGCUUGAAAGUCUAAAAAAUUAAUUCAGUCAUACAACAAUCGUACUGUUUGGACUUGCGGUAAACUUAACCUUACACCCAGUGAAAGUUAAUUUAGGUACAAUUGAUGGAUAAACGUAUAUGGAUUCUAUCUGCACUAAUAUUAUUCUCAACAAAUGUUUGUGACUUCUGCA